AAACCUGCGGUGUAACGUUACUGGAAUGGGAAAGAGGAAGACGAGGAGCAACAGGAGAAGAAGAAGAACAAGGUGAUUCCUCAGCAAAAUCUCUGUUCAUACCAGGUUUGCAUUCUGACCUGCGGGCCAAUGUAAGUCGUGUUGAGUGACUGCGUGUGAAAGUUAAUGGAACCUCUUUGAGUUUUUGAUGUUGGGCCAAACAAAACAAGACAUUUGAAGGGACCAUCACUAUCCUCAUGUCCUAUGGGGGAGGCUUUCAGGGACGCUCUGAGCGAGUCCGCCAGGCGCCCCUCUAUGACCAGGUACCACACGGCUCCUUACCCCGAGAAGACUCCUUCACUCUGCAGCCACUGAGAGAGCAGAGAGCCCCUCAUCUCGCUAAGAGCGCCGACCCCCUCCCGGCCCCCCCUCUGCCAGAGCAGCCUCCUGUGGGGCAUGAGUUCGAUCCCAGCGGCAGCGAGGACAACAGUCACCCAGACCUCGACCCCGCCAUCGACAUCAAGCCAGUCCACCGCUUCGUCCCAGACUCCUGGAAGAACUUCUUCAGAGGCAGCACCGUGGGCAGCGACAAGUGGUCCAUGCCUGAAUCCUCCGUUAACAAUAACAAUAGCACCACUGGGGGGCAGCGCUGCUCACCCCCUCAGUCCCCCUCUGUUCCCGGGUCAUACCGGGAUCCCUAUGGGGGCUCAGGAGGUAGCUACAACUCCAGAAAGGAGCUUCUGGAAGGACCGGAUCCUCAGGAGUCUGUGUCAGGGCACACCUACCGCACGGGUCUGACCUACAGCGAGCGAGUGGAGGAGUACCAUCAGCGCUACGACUACAUGAAGUCCUGGGCAGGCCUGCUGAGGAUUCUAGGCUGUAUUGAGCUCCUGCUGGGAGCUGCUGUGUUUGCCUGCGUCUGUGCCUACAUCCACAAAGACAAUGAAUGGUUCAACAUGUAUGGAUACUCCUCUCCUGGGGGAGCAUACGGAGGCGGUUACAACGGAGCCAUCACAGGCGGGUCCUACUACUCAGGCCCCAAGACCCCUUUUGUGUUGGUGGUGGCAGGGCUGGCCUGGUUGAUGACUGUGAUUCUAUUAGUGCUGGGGAUGACCAUGUACUACCGCACCAUUCUGCUGGACUCCUCAUGGUGGCCCGUGACUGAGUUUAUCUUGAACCUGGCCCUGGCAGUGCUCUACAUGACAGCAGCCAUUAUCUAUGUACGUGACACAACUCGUGGAGGGCUCUGCUCCUAUCCAGUCUUCAACAAUGGCAUCAAUGGUGCGUUCUGCAGAACAGAGGCUGGCCAGACUGCUGCCAUCAUCUUUCUGUUUGUCACGAUGGUAAUUUAUCUGAUUGGAGCCAUCGUGUGUCUCAAGCUGUGGAGACAUGAGGCUGCACGCAGGUACCGGGAGCUGAACGGCCUGGAGAUGCUUCCCUCUGAGAUGCGAGCUGGACGCUCAUUGGUUGCUCCAGGUCCCGCUCCUGGACUCAAAACUCCCGAACAGGCCCAAGAGUCAUCAGUGGUUCCCAUCCAGGCUGCUCCAAAGUUUACGCCAGCGCAGAUUCUACAGGGAGCUAUACCAUCAGGACACAUUCCAAAACCUGUUAUUGUGCCUGACUAUAUUGCUAAGUACCGAACCGUACGGACAGACGAGGAGCGGGACCAGUACCGAGCUGUGUUCAACGACCAGUACGCAGAGUACAAAGAGCUCCACGCAGACGUGCAGGCCACCCAAAAGAAGUUUGACGAGAUGGACGCCAUGAUGCGUGGCCUGCCCCAGAACCCAACAAGCCAGAUGGAGGUGGAUCGUAUUUCCAGGAUCCUUCAGGACUACCGGAGGAAGAAAAAUGACCCAACGUUCCUGGAGAAGAAGGAGCGCUGCGAGUACCUGAAGAGCAAACUGUCUCACAUCAAGCAGAAGAUCCAAGAAUACGAUAAAGUCAUGGAGUGGAACGACGGAUACGACUAAAGCUCUGAGGCGUCUCUACAAGAGAACACCACUGAGCACAAACAGAACUCCCGCUGACGGUUAAGCAGGUACCGGUGGUGAAACCCAGUCAUGAACCCAGGAGCACCAGUGGGCUUUUACCCUCCUUUGUGUUUUCAAAUCUUUAUUGCAGCUGUCCCUGACAAAACGUUUAUCAACAGCUUUUGUGUCUGAGUUUAUUUAGGCCCACGUGUAGAACACAUGUCAUUUUAUGCUAAAAGAGAUAGUUCUGCAUGUUUGGAAGAGGCUUAAUGGGACAACUUAACCUAACACAAAGACCACAUGCACGUCCAAGCUCAAAACUAACAAGAUAUAUCUUGUUAUUGUGCAAAAAUGACAAUUUGCUGUUUUUACAGAAAGAAAAGUGCAGGAUUUUUUCCUGGAAGUAAAAAAAGUCUUGCACAGGAUCCUCUGUAAAACACUGACCUGUCAUAUUUACACCUUAAGUGAUUUGAACUAACAAGUUAUAGUGUGACAGUGAGCUUUAGAUGUGCUUGUAUGCAUUUCUUGUUAUAGCUGGACAGAGGCUAGCUGUACCCCCUGGUUCCCAGUCUCUAUGCUAAGUUAGCAUUUAAAUGAAGCAGUCUCCUGGCUGUUUAUAAAUAAUGACUGAUAUAAGAGUGAGAUUGAUCUUCUAAUGCUCCGCCUGAAAGCAAAUAGAGAUACAGUAUGUCCCAACAUGUCAAAUCACGCCUUUAAACUGUCCUGUGUGUGUGUGUGUGUGUGUGUG